CGCUCCCCUUUCUCCCCCUCCCUCCUCCUGCGAGCCUCGGGGUUCCUUAGCUGGUCGAGGCCGAGUCAGUGUCAGUCAGGGAGGGAGACUGCUGAGCACUGGGUGCGGACGCUCCAUUGCAGUCUUGCCCAGGGGUCGGUGCUUGCGCUCGCGCCGCCGGGUGGGAAGAAUGAAGCCGCAGCUAAAGCAGCCACCCUAUGAUUGGCUGUGGCGCUUGUGAACCCGAAGUAAAGAUGGCGGGCGGGCAGGCAGUCGCCGCACUGCCCACUUGGAAGAUGGCGGCGCGCCGCAGCCUCAGCGCCCGCGGCCGGGGGGUCCUGCAGGCGGCGGCGGGCCGGCUGCUGUCGCUGCUAUUGCUGAGCUGCUGCUGCGGCGCGGGCGGCUGCGCAGCGGCCGGCGACAACGAGGAGACUGUGAUCAUCGGGCUGCGGCUGGAGGACACGAACGACGUGUCGUUCAUGGAAGGGGGGGCGCUGCGGGUGAGCGAGCGGACCCGGGUCAAGCUGCGGGUGUACGGGCAGAACAUCAACAACGAGACGUGGUCCCGCAUCGCCUUCACCGAGCACGAGCGGCGCCGCCACAGCCCUGGCGAGCGCGGGCUGGGGGGCCCCGUGCCGCCAGAGCCGGACAGCGGCCCCCAGCGCUGCGGCAUCCGCACCUCAGACAUCAUCAUCUUGCCCCACAUCAUUCUGAACCGCCGUACAUCGGGCAUCAUCGAGAUCGAGAUCAAACCGCUGCGCAAGAUGGAGAAGAGCAAGUCCUAUUACCUGUGCACAUCGCUUUCCACGCCAGCCCUGGGUGCCGGCGGCCCGGGGUCCACGGGUGGCACCGUCGGGGGAAAGGGUGGCGCAGGGGUUGCUGGGCUCCCCCCACCUCCGUGGGCCGAGACCACCUGGAUUUACCACGACGGCGAGGACACCAAGAUGAUCGUGGGCGAGGAGAAGAAGUUCCUGCUGCCCUUUUGGCUGCAGGUGAUCUUCAUUUCGCUGCUGCUGUGCCUGUCGGGCAUGUUCAGUGGCCUCAAUCUGGGUCUCAUGGCCCUGGACCCGAUGGAGCUGCGCAUCGUGCAGAACUGCGGCACCGAGAAGGAGAAGAAUUACGCCAAACGCAUCGAGCCUGUGCGCAGGCAGGGCAACUACCUGCUGUGCUCGCUGCUGCUGGGCAACGUGCUGGUCAACACCACSCUCACUAUCCUACUCGACGACAUCGCCGGCUCAGGCCUCGUGGCGGUGGUGGUCUCCACCAUCGGCAUCGUCAUCUUCGGGGAGAUCGUGCCCCAAGCCAUCUGUUCCCGGCAUGGCCUGGCAGUGGGAGCCAACACCAUCUUCCUCACUAAGUUUUUCAUGAUGAUGACCUUCCCCGCCUCUUACCCGGUCAGCAAGCUGCUGGACUGCGUCCUGGGCCAGGAGAUAGGUACCGUCUAUAACCGGGAAAAACUGCUGGAAAUGCUCCGGGUCACUGACCCCUACAACGACCUGGUCAAGGAGGAGCUGAACAUUAUCCAAGGAGCGCUUGAGCUCCGCACCAAGACAGUAGAGGAUGUGAUGACUCCCCUUCGGGACUGCUUCAUGAUCACCGGAGAGGCCAUCCUGGAUUUCAACACCAUGUCGGAAAUCAUGGAGAGCGGCUACACUCGAAUUCCAGUAUUUGAAGGAGAGCGCUCCAAUAUCGUGGACCUGCUCUUUGUCAAAGAUUUGGCCUUCGUGGAUCCAGAUGACUGUACUCCAUUGAAAACCAUCACCAAAUUUUAUAACCACCCCUUGCACUUUGUUUUCAAUGACACCAAGUUGGACGCUAUGCUGGAAGAAUUUAAGAAAGGUAAAUCUCACCUGGCUAUUGUGCAGCGGGUGAACAAUGAGGGAGAAGGGGAUCCGUUUUAUGAAGUUCUGGGAAUUGUCACCUUAGAAGAUGUGAUUGAAGAGAUCAUCAAAUCUGAGAUUCUAGAUGAAACAGAUUUAUACACCGAUAACAGAACGAAAAAGAAAGUGGCCCACCGUGAAAGAAAGCAAGAUUUUUCUGCCUUUAAGCAGACAGACAGCGAGAUGAAGGUUAAAAUAUCACCGCAGCUUCUCCUGGCCAUGCACCGUUUCCUAGCAACAGAAGUAGAAGCAUUUAGCCCAUCCCAGAUGUCAGAGAAGAUCCUUCUAAGGCUGCUAAAGCACCCCAAUGUCAUCCAGGAACUGAAGUAUGAUGAGAAGAACAAGAAAGCCCCAGAGUACUACCUCUACCAGCGCAACAGACCUGUAGACUACUUCGUUCUCAUUCUUCAGGGGAAAGUGGAAGUGGAAGCUGGGAAGGAGGGGAUGAAGUUUGAAGCAAGUGCUUUCUCGUACUAUGGCGUCAUGGCCCUCACAGCCUCUCCAGUUCCUUUGUCCCUGUCUCGUACCUUUGUUGUCAGCAGAACAGAGUUGUUAGCAGCAGGUUCUCCAGGUGAAAAUAAGUCACCUCCUCGCCCAUGUGGCUUAAAUCACUCAGACUCUCUCAGUCGAAGUGACCGGAUUGACGCAAUAACACCAACGCUGGGGAGCAGUAAUAACCAGCUCAAUUCUUCAUUUCUGCAAGUCUACAUCCCUGAUUACUCAGUGCGAGCCCUUUCCGACCUUCAGUUUGUCAAGAUCUCAAGACAGCAAUACCAAAAUGCCUUGAUGGCAUCCCGGAUGGACAAAACCCCUCAGUCUUCAGACAGUGAAAACACUAAAAUUGAAUUGACUCUUACGGAGCUGCAUGAUGGGUUGCCAGAUGAGACGGCCAACCUGCUCAAUGAACAGAACUGUGUGACACACAGCAAGGCCAAUCACAGCCUGCACAACGAAGGCGCCAUCUAGGGGUGCCUACACUGGCCCUCCUCGACCGUCCCCCACCUGAGGCUCUGGCCUCUGUCAGACCAUGACUUCAUUAGUAUGAGCUUGUCUGCCAUGCUGCGUCCUGCAACAUUCUGAGACCAAAGACUUUGUCCCCUUCCUGGAAGCCGCAGAGGACAGCAAGAGAAGGAAUGGGAAACUAGAGAUGAGAAAGCGACAGCUGGGGCAUGAUGUUCAAGAUUUUGGAGAUGAACUUCUUCGCCCAAAUAGAAUCAUGUUUAUUUUUUCAGCUGUACCUUUUAUCAUUUACUCACUCUCUUCCCUCAAUUUGCAUGAAGUUGAAAAUUGUUGCGAUUUAUUUUUUCAAGAUAUGUUUUUCAAAAGUGUCUUUUGCAGAGUUUUAACUUGUUCUGUCUGAACUCUGCUGUGGUCCCAUGAUGUGACCCUAAUAGGAUGGACUUGCCCCACAAGUGGCCUGCCGUGGCCUUCCCAGGGAGGGACACCCUUCCUCUGUGCCCCAGUGGGUGUCGCUGUCGAACUUGAUGGAUGAAUGAAGAAAACCGUGUCACUGCAGAACCUGCCAAGUCUGUCGUCACUGUGGGGUGUGGCAUGCAGAGGGACCUGUGGUCGGUCGCCUCUCUGUGCUAAGUGUUGUUUUUGAGAAUUUAAUGUUUAACCAUGCCCCUUUCCCUCAGGAAGGUUUAACGUUUGCUUGGGAAUGUGAUUUUGCUCCCACCCUAAGGAAUUUUUAUCACCAAAAUGAAUGUUAAUGAAUUUUAAACCCAUGGUUUAUCAUUGGCAAGAGGCAAGUUGACUUCAUCCUGAAAUUCCUUCGGCCUGGGGUCUCUGGCUCAGCCAGCUGUCCUCUCACACCCCAGUUCACAGAGCGCCGUCUCCACCUCCCCAGCCCUUGCUCUUGCUAACCCAGGAUGCUGCUACACAGAUGCCAAAUGGAGACCUUCCACAGGGCUUUUCAGUAAACAUGUGGUGUGGAGGUCACGUCCCUUCCCUUCCCCCGGGAACAUAUGUAGUUAUCAGAACAGGAGACUGAUUCUUUACUUGGGGCCAAGAAGGCAUGUCUAAACCCAUGUUUUUAAAGGAGGGAACUUUGGGGAUUUCCAGGGAGCCAACUGUCCUCCUUUCCCUUCGUCUCUGGGCUCAGGAAGCCCAUUGGUGGCAGCAUCCCCCAAGGACUGCUGUGCCUCCUGCCUCAAAUGCAGCCUGCACUAGAGAGGCUGCUUGGACAGCCAGGGUCAGUUUGGCCCCAAACAGGGAUUCAGCAACCAAAUGUUUGUUGUGGCCAUUUCAUGUGUGUCUCCGUCUUACUUUAAUACCAAAUUUACCAUGUGUAGUGAAAUUAAUGUCAGCAGAUAUUGAGUGACUGCUUUCUUAAUAGCUUGUGUUUUACCAUUAGCCCGA